AAACUACCAACCAUCUUUCCCCUCUCUCUCUCUCUCUCCCUAAACCAGUAAACCAUUAAUAAAAUCAGAGAUAGUCAACAGUGUGAAGAUGGAAAGAAUGGGAAGGAGAAUGGGACAUCUCUUGGUUUUGAUUAUUGUGGUGGUGAGUGUGAGCUUGGGAGGAGGAAGAGGGGUUUCAGCAGGAGAAGCAACACAGGUUCAUCAUGUUGUGGGAGGAGAUCGUGGGUGGGAUAUCGCUUCUGACAUCGCUGCGUGGGCUGCCGAUCGUCUCUUCCGUGUUGGAGAUAAAAUCUGGUUUGCGUAUUCGGCAGCAGGGGAGAGCAUAGUGGAGCUAGGGAGCAGAGAAGAGAUGGAGGCCUGCGAUGUGACCAACCCAAUCCGUAUGUACACAGACGGCCUAGACAGCAUCACCCUCGACGGUGUAGGCACCCGCUUCUUCGCUAGUGGCCGCCCUGAAAGUUGCAAGAAGGGUCUUAAGCUGAACGUCGAUGUGUUGCCGCAGCAGCAAACCCAGAUGGAUCUCAUAAACCCUCUUACCACCAUCCCUUUUCAUGAGGUCGUAGCUGCCGGACCCACCACCCCAUCUGCAGCGGUUCCACUGCCGGCGGCUCCUCCUCUGUCAUUGCUUGUGUCUGGAUUGUUCUUCUUCUCUUGGUUCUUCUUGCCUUUCUUCUAAUUUCAAUAAAUGAC